UGAAAGAAGUUUAAAUAAAUCAAAUUUUUGCUGUCGGGCGAAAUAUGCAGCAAUCUUAACUACUGUGUUGUGAGUUGUCUAUACAAAGAGAUGGGCGCGUGGCAACAAUGUUAAUAUAUUUCCCAGAUUUAGCUGCUCCUCUUUGUGAAUGAAUCUUGCUGUCAUCUCACAAUCUGACAUCUGACUCAAAUAAACAAAAGUUGAAAAGAGUUAAAAUUGUGUUGUGUGGAUGGGUCAUCAAUGAUUAAAUCGUUUAAACAAUUUAUCUUUUGGCGUAUUACGCGUUAAAAAAAUUCGAUAAUUCAUAAUUAUUUAGUUUCACUAAUGGUAGUGUUUUUGUGAGAACGAAAUAUGUCAUCCCCUAGUGCUGGCAAGAGACGUAUGGACACUGAUGUUAUUAAACUUAUUGAGAGUAAACAUGAGGUGACAAUACUUGGCGGACUUAACGAAUUUUGUGUCAAAUUUUAUGGCCCUAGGGGAACUCCAUACGAAGGUGGAGUUUGGAAGGUCAGAGUACAUUUACCAGAACACUACCCUUUUAAAUCACCUAGUAUAGGAUUUAUGAAUAGAGUAUAUCAUCCAAAUAUUGAUGAAGUAUCUGGAACAGUAUGUCUGGAUGUCAUUAAUCAAGCAUGGACGGCUUUAUAUGAUCUGUCUAAUAUAUUUGAGUCCUUUUUGCCCCAAUUAUUGACAUAUCCUAAUCCUAUUGAUCCCCUGAAUGGGGACGCAGCGGCGAUGUAUCUACAUAAACCUGAGGAAUAUAAGAAAAAAGUGUCAGAAUAUGUCAGAAAAUAUGCGACAGAAGAAGCAUUGCGAGGAGGUGAAGCAGUAAGUUCAGAUUCCGAAUCUAGUAUGUCAGACUUUUCCGAAAACGAAGCGGAAGACAUGGAGUUAUAACGUCGGCUGAUACCCGUGUAUCAAGUUACAGCCAUCACUCGCUCAAUGGGACUUCCUGCGCCGCUGAAAAAUCCCAGUGUAAUAACUAAUGAGCAAUGCGCUUACAUUUAUAGUCACUUACCUUAAUUUUGUUGUUUCAUGAGCUCCUUUUUUUACGGUAUCUGUUCUCAGGUUUGUGCAGCUUUAGCGUUUAUGUGUUCGCGAUAUUAGAUUUUAAAAUACAGAAACUAAUUCUUGUUUAAGGUAUAACUUAUUUAUUAGAAUUUGAUUAAUUUGAUUUUUGGAAAUAUUGAUAUAUUAUACUGAUAAAUUUAACUUUUAUAGAUCUCUCGACUCUGUACGCUUCUACAGGGAACCGAAAUCUUUAUAUGUAUAUAUUGGCAAAGAUUUUGUCAUUGUAUAUUAGCGACAUUUGUCAUUUAUUAUCCUUAUACUUAAUAGUAAGAUUAGAAUCCCAAACAGUAAGUUUUCUGUAAUGUUUUGUAUCUUUAAGGCUGACGGGUACAAACAGUCUAAAUAGUCUAUAACUACAUGUAUUUCAAUAAAAAAAAAUAUAAUUCGCUGCCGAUUUUGAAAAGAACAUAAUUUUUGAGGCACAUGCUGUUUUUUCAAAAUGCUAUACAUAACUUCACUAACUUUUUAUGUCUAGCAUAUAAUUUUAAUAGUUUCAAUAGUAUAUUAAUUUAAAUUGAAAAAAAGAACUAGAAUGAACUCUUGUCAGCUAUUAAAACUUCUUAACCCUUAACAACUAUUCCAAAAAAAAAAAUCGCAACAACCAUUGAUGAGUCGGUAUGACCCACUGUAUUAUUUAUUCAAAAAAAGGUAACGAAACUUACAACGUAUUUUCUAACAUAAAAACAAAAACAUUUUAACAAAAAAAAACUUACUAAGUGCAGUUAGGACAGACUUUUACUGCACAUUGUUGACAAAUAGGCUUUUUACAAUUAUUGCAAACAGUAUUUGUUUUUCGGUCCUUUGACCAUGGGCAUGUGGCACAUCUUUUUCGCUUGGACGUUGUUCUAUCAGUGAGUGGCACAGGAAGUUCUGGAAUCUCAGUGUGAAAUAUAUUGGAGCCCAUUUCUCGAACCUUUCGAGGUACCUUUGUAUUUCCUAGUCUUUUUAUGACGAACGGCUUGCAUAACGAUACCCCUAGCAGCUUCAGAAAAUCAUAGCGCGUAAUUUUUGUUUCAUUAGAUGCACAGUUAUAUAAAACAUAACUAUUAAUUCCAGCAAUAUUCAAUAUUGCAUGAAAUAAUGCCAUUGGCCAACGUCUUGUUCUGCGCGAAGUAGAAUAAUUUGCGCAUUUUUCGUCAAGAGCAUCAACCCCUGCUUUAGUCCCAUUGUAGUACUCGAUUAUAUCUGGUUUCAAUGAAAUUUCAUUUAUCUUAUUAUCGUGGUGCAUACUUGAUACUAAUAUAACUGCUUUAUUAGUUUUUGGAAUAAAUGAUACCAUGGUAAUCGCCGGAGAAAAACCAAACAGUGAACUUUUAUGUUGUCGCUUACGGCUGGGUUGAAAUUCUGGUGGUAUUUGACGUUUAUUUUUUUUAGAGUGCCUACAUAAGUAAGUUUAUUAUUCAGCAGCUCAUUUACUAUCUCAAUUGAAGAGUACCAGUUGUCAGCGGUUACAUUGCGGUUGGUACCCAUUAUGUGCUUUGUCAAACAAAGCACAACCUCCGAAGGAUUCGAAAAACGUUUUUCUUUAGGGGCCCGAUCCCCAAUUUGGGCACCUGAAUAUACUUCGGCGUUUAACAUAUAGUGGGUCUUUGAAUCAGCCAGAAUUUGUACUUUCAAGCCAUACUUAGCUGGUUUACUAGGGAUGUACAUACGGAAUCCGCAUCUACCCCUAAAGGGUACCAACAUCUCAUCCAGGGUAACAUUAUCACGAGGGUUAUACAUUUCCCGUGCGUUACCCACAAAUGUAUUAAAAACUUCUGAAAUCGGCGCCAGUUUGUCCACUUUGAUCCUUUCCUUCCUGGUUUAUAAAUCAUCAAAGCGUAAACAACAAAGCAAAAAAGAAAAUCUUGCAAGGCUCAUUGUAGCUCUAAAAAUGUCUCUUCCUAUUCCAUCAGUACACCACAUUGACCUUAGAUCCUCAUGACCAGACUUGAAUAAGCCUUGAAGAUAUAACAAACCAAAAAAUGCUUUUAGCUCAUCUUCACUUGUUUUGGCAAUAAACGUUGGCUGAAAUUUUCUUCUGGCAGCCCUACGUCUUUUGAAACUUUUUAUAUUUGGCCUGACACAGUCCAAUUUUUAUAUUUGUAAAUUUACAAACUAUCUUUAGGAUCUUAUCAUUUAUAAGUAAGUUCCAUGCUGACUCAGGUGACUUGGGUGGAUUGGACAAUGCAAAGCCCUUCUAACCUGGUUUAGUGUAAAUAAUGUUAUGAGCUGCUGCACUUCCACGUGUUGCUGCUCCUUUUGACCAUCUUGUUCCAUCCUUUCCAAUCCAAGACGUAAAAUUAAUUAGAGGUUGAUCUUCCUCAGAAUCAUCAUUGCCAGAAACCCCAGAAGCCUCACUCAGACGAUCAUGUUCACUAAAUAGCUCGCAGUCCUCUUCAGAAUCAUCGCUUUUAUCUCCAUCCUCCAAAAUUUUUCUAAGAGCGUCCUGUUCAUUCUCAGCAAUUUCCAAGGGCACAUUGGCGCCAUUUUCAUCACCCGUGAACUCAUUAGUUUCAUCCACGUUUUCGAGGUCCUGCCAAAAAUCGUCAUUUUCUAUAAUGUCUAAAAGCUCCGCAUCCGUGUAUAAUUUGGAAUCCAUUUUUAUAGAUAACUAGAUACAAAAAUUACAAUAAACACUUGUUCGAAACAAUUUUUAUGCAAAAAAACUUACCAAAAUAAUUAUUUCAUAAAGUGCUAAAUUGAAAAUAUUUAUAACGCAAAAACUACCGCUGGGUCACUCUGACCCAUUUUCGUAAAUUCGGCCACAACGAAGCUGCAUUCCUACGUAGUUAAUGUGCUACUAAAAGUAAACGCGCGCUAGACAAACUCGUGAAGCCUUGCCCCCAAGUUACAAAAUUGGAGGGGAAAUUUCAGUUUAAAGGCGUCUAUGGGUCAAUUUGACCCGGUCAAUAGUGGUUAGGAGUUAAAGGGACUUUUAUAAAGAUACGUUAAAAUUUAACGUCUUGGCGGAACAUGUCCAUAAUGGGUAUAGAAACUCAUUAAGGUUAUAAAAAAAUCCGCCCUUGUGUCCUAUGUUCUUUUCUUAAUCAGUCCUGAGUGCGAUAAUCAAUGCCUUUUAAAUUUUUUUUCGGAUAUUAAAUACCAUAUAAUUUGAUUAUACGUUAAGGCAAAUGCAAAAUGUAAAAAAGGUCCAUGCAACUAUUUUUAAGGGAUUUUUUCCCCACAUGUUAACCAGUUCAACAAUAAUAACAAAAUUUUUUUCUGAAAACCACUAUUUGAUAUUUUUUGCAAUUGUUUUAGAUUAUAUAAAAGUUGAAGAAAUGCAGUAUAUAUAUCUUGAGCUUUUUUUAUGCAAUAUAAAAGUCCCUAUCAAUUUUUUUUUAAAUCUAAUAACAUCUCGAAACGAGUGAUUUGGGGUUACAAAAAUUUUGAUUUCUUAAGGUUAGUCAGGUUUGCGCGUUAAUUUCAUCUUUGAGUUUCUCCUAUAAUGAAAAAAUACAUGGACCUCUUUGAGACUGCGACCGCUACAAUCGGAAACAAAGGCGAAUCAUAAAUCGCCCUUCGAGUUGUGAAAGAAAAGAUAUAAUAGAAGAAAAUUUCGAACAUUGUUUUUGUGAACUAUGGUCGUGCUAUUAAUUUGUAGAGAAAUUAAAUCCUGUGAAUGCAUAACAUAUUUUCUUUAACAGAAUUUUAAUAGCAUCGGACUGCUGAAGAAUAUGAAUCUAAAAAUAGGAUAUAAGUUAGAGAUUUAUAAUUUUAAAUAGAAAAAAACUAUGACAUAAUAGUUUUUCAUGUCAAGUUAAUAUACAAAGUGGCGGAAGAUCCAAAAGUCAACUCUAAAAAUUUUAAAAGAUCAAAAAUAUAGCCCUUGCAGCAAAAAACUCAUAAUAGCCGGAGAAUAAAUUAGAUUUGGAGGUACCCAAGAUAUUUUGAUCUCUACUAUCAAACAUAAAAAAGAGCAAGCAUUAAAAAAAUUCACUUACCCUAACAUUAGCAAUAUUAGCGUUAGUCCUUUAAAGACCAUUGAAAAAUGAUCAAUGAUUGCACAGCAACUUAGAGCACUUCUUCACAUCAUAGAAGAAAAUGACUGAUCAACGAAAUUUAAAUGUAACUUAUGGUUUUUCUUAACACGUUUAUUCUAACAUUCUUUAAUCUUUGUCUUUGUCGCACCUAUAAAUUUUAGGUUAUCGUUAUUUAUUACUGAUUCAAUUAAUAAAUCUUUAAUUCAAAGUUGAAUAUAAAGAUAUACAAAACCACUAGUUUUGUAUUUAAAAAUAAUAAUAAUAUUUUUAAUAUACAAAGUGAAUAAGCGAAUAAGCAAACUAAUUAAAUAGAAAAAAUUAUUGUCUUUAAUUAGUUUACAUUUCUAUUUAGUUUUCCUCCCCUUCUUUUUUGCUGAUCUUUGGUCGAAUUUUCAUUUCUUGCUUCUUAUCUGUUUUAAUCAUUUUGUUUUUAUUUCAUUCAAAUUCUAAAUUCUAAUGCAGGAUUUCAGACCAAUUCACUUCCAUCCUAUUUUAACAGUUCAGAUCUAUGUAAGAAGAAACGUGCGUCGAUCCGAUAUCAGUUGUAUGUCUUAUUCUAUUCUAUUCCCGGUUUUGAUGGACUCACUCGGAAACAGUAGUAAUUGUGGUAUGGUCGCGUUCUGAAGAAUUCGAGGUGAGAGUCGCAAUAGCAUUCGUUGUCUCAAAUCGCUCCACGCAUUCUAGAACUUAACCUAAUUUUUUUUAGUUUCUACUUUUGAUUUUAAUUUUUAGCUUGUUUCCGAGAAAGAACUGUUUAAAAUAGUGCGAGAUAGUAGAAUAAUUAUAUUUGUAAGCAAUAAAGAAAACCCCAGUGCAAAUAUCAUGAUUAACAUCAAAUAAAUAUUCGAGUUUCAGGGAGAGAUUCUAGCACAGAAAUAGGACUUUUUACUCGAUUAAAUAAAAGAAAACAUUUGCUAGCAUUAAGUCCAAAAAAAGCUAUUAUAUAAUUUUUUAUAGACCUGGUUUCAAAUCUGCUAAAUACAAAUGCUCAUUGAAGUAUACAACUUUUCUUUUUUACUAAUUUAAAUUUUUUUGAGGUGAAUUUUUAUAAAAAACACCAAUUUCACAUUUAAGCAAGUUUAUUUAGAAUGAGAUAUGUGGGUAUUUAAAUGGUUUACUUCGUCAUAUUGAUUUUUUUAAUUUUGAGUUGCCAUUUUUGGCCAAUUUUUAAAUUGAAGGGCAAAAGAGAGUCACAAAAAACCUAUUUGUUUCUUAAACCAGUCGACUAACCUGUCAUAAUUUAAUGAAUUCAAUUAUCUACUUUUUACAGCAUGUAUAUCUUUAUGCUUUAUAACAACGUAUUUAUGCUUGUGUGGACUUUUUUAGAGUCUUAAUAAGUGAAAAUAAAGUCGAUCACAUUUAAUGUAUAAAAUUAAUUAUUAGGUCAUAAAAUUAAUUAUUGAGUUAUAAUAUAAGUUGCACAUAUUGUUUACUGCAUGAUUAUAGUUGUAUAUAUUACUUAAUACAAAAUAAAAACUGUUAGCUUUAAGAAGUAACUUAAGUUUCAUGACUAAUAUUUUUGUUGUAGAUUGAUUUUGUUUAUAAAGCUUUAUUAACCAAUUCACGUUUCUUUACGUAUUUAUAUUUUGAUUAAAUACGCAGCAAGAGUUGAAAAAGGAAAAAUCACUUAACCAAUGUAACUUAAUUGCUACCAUUGGAUGAACUAGGUAAUGUUGUAUACAUUGAUUAAGUUAUUUACCUAACGUAUAAUUUCCAGUAAACUCCCAGAAUUUUAUUGAGACAAUUUUAUACGCAAUUCAAAUUGUAUCCACAUUGUGUAUUAUAUAAAAUUUGAAAUUAUUAAAUAAUCAGAUUCUAAACCUAUUGUUUUAGGUCUAUAUGAAACCAUAUUUAUAAUUUUUUUUAAAAUUACUUCGUAACGAAUAUCUGAAAAAUUAAAGAAAAUAAAUAAAAAGUUAUGUUUUAAGAGACCAGCAAAUUAAAAAUUAAAAUAAUGCUCUUGUUUAGCUUUAUAAAAAUAUGAUAAAAAAAUAUCCAAUGCAAUUUUAAUUCAAAAGUGAAAAUAGUGAAUAUAGGUGCCUUUAAACCCAAAGACAAAUUAAAAAAAAUCUAUGUUGUCUGCUUAGCUAACGGGCGUGAAAUAAUACACAAAACUAGUUUAAAUUAAUAUUCAUGUAACUUUUUGAAAGAAUGUUAAGGAUAUACUUCAGGCAAAUUAAAAUUAAACAAAUUUCUUGGACAUAUUUACGCGAACAUUUUUUUACUAUAGGAAUCUAUCGGCACCAAAAUAGUUCUUAUGAAUAUUAAUAAGGCCGGGUGGUAUUUCAGAGAAUUGAUAGUCUGUCAUACCGACAGUAAAACAUAAGUAAAAAGCUUAAAACAAAAGCGCUGUGUCCAUUGUAAUAGCAAUUUACGAUUAUUUAUUCCACUCACCAAAGAGUUACGAAAUAUUUUUAUACAUUAAAAAAUGGUUAACUUCAACAAUGUUUAGAGCAUUUGCCUUGCUUUGCUUUAUUCAUUUAUUAAAAUUCAUUUUUUAAACGGUUCUAAUUUUACAAGAAAAAAAAAACUGCUAAUUAAGCACUAGUAGGUCAAAUGACCUUAAAAUAAUAAAGUAACAAAAACAGAAGUUGAAGAAUAUUUUUUGGGUAAUUUCUGAUUUUUUAAAUUACCGAGAGCCAGGCUUUGAAAGUAACAGUUUCAAUAGAUUCUAAAUAGGCGAGUACAUUUUUUAUUUAUAAAAAAUAUAUAUUGUAUGUCUGCUAAAAGCAUAAAUAGAACACUUACUUGAAAUUUCAUUUAUCAUAUUUAAGUUUUUUUAGGAUCGUGUAACCUUAAAAUAAAUAUAAUUCACUUUUUUUUUUAAUUUAAUAAUUUUGAGUAUUUUUUACUUAUAUUAGUUACAUAGAGGAGGUGUUUUACCAUUUUGCAUUAAUAUGCAUCUAAUUUAAGCAAAAAUACUAAAUCGAUUGUUUAAAUUAUCCGCAACAAAUUUUAUGUAGCUUCCUAGAAAAUGCAUCAAUCCACGCUUUGGUAAGGAGGUAACGACUUUAAUCGAAUAUUUUAAUUAAUUCCUUGGUGCCUGGAAAAGGCGAAUAAAAGUUGAGUUCUAAGUAGUUGACUCAUUGGGUUUAGGGAUCGAUAAAUAGUACAGAUUUAUUUAAAUUGGUUACCAUUUCAUCCAAUUUAUUGGCUUCCUCAGGGCAAAUUAAUAAUUCUGGAGCAUAACAUCGGAUAUUGUCUGUUAUGGUCCUAUACAACUAAACGUUUUUCUGUCUUUCUAUUAAGUUUAUGAAAUACCUACUUGGCCAAGAAAUAUUGAAUCGUUAUAACAAAACAUUUGAUUAUAGAUUUUGCUUAUGAUUUGGUUAACUAUGUAAAGAAACAAACAAAAACCCAGUUGUAACAUAUUUUUAACAUAGUUUUGGAGCACUAAGACAAAUUGGUUUUGUGUGCACUUUGAAUAUAUUCAAGUUAGUACACAUAAAAUAUAUAAUGUUAUUUUAUAUAAAUUGCAAUUCUCGAGGUAAAAAAAAACACUGGCCAAAACAACAGAAUUAUUUUUUAAAUUGAAUUCCUUGAUCAAAUUUACUUCACUUUGUUUUACCCCUAGAGCCUAAAAUAGUAGACUAUUAAAGGAGGUUUAAUCAUGGCAGAUGAUUACUGAAUUACAAAUCAGCCAUAAGUCAAUAUUCCUUUUCAUUUUGUUGUAAUUAGAACCGUUUUUUUAUUUUACUUAACAGAAGAUUUUAUAAUUAUAAGAUUAAACAAAAGUAUGUCUUUGAAUAGCAGCAAAUAAAGUGUUUGGAAUAUUU